CCUUUGAUACACUCAGUCACUUCACUAUUUAGUGUCACAUUCUCACAGUCUAUGGUCAAAACAAACACUGUGUUGGAAAAGCAGUGGGUUUUUUUUUAUCUCCAUGAAACAUGAUAGACAACUUUCAAGGCACUUUUUGUCUCUGUGUUUUUUUUCUUUUUGUCGCUUCUGAAACAGCUGGGCAGUCAUGCAGGGGAAAGUGUGGAGACAUUAUGGAGGAUUGCUCCUGCCACACAACCUGUGUGUCUUUGCUUACCUGCUGCACAGACUACAACCAGUCCUGUUUGCAGGUGACUCCUUACUCUAGCUCCAUGCUGGGAGGAAGAGCUCUAAGGAUCCUCAAUUUGGUCCUUCAUCCUGGUGGGCAACUUCACUGCAGUUUCAAAGGCAAAAUUGACCGAGAGGGCUUUAUUGAUGCUGAAGGCCGUGCCUUCUGUAUCACCCCUUUAUUGUAUGAGACGGGUUGGGUUCCAUUUACUGUCUCAACAGAUGGACUACAUUUUGACAGAUCUGGAGAGUACUUGUCAGUGCAUCCCAGUAAAGCAGAACCUGCCUUUGAAGUCAUCCUGGUGAAUGCAACAUAUUGGCAGAACUACGACCACCGAAGCAACACAGGACGGCUUGAGAUGAUGUGGAACAGCUCUUUGAUUGCAGCAGAGAAGGUCAACAUAGAGCUGUGGGGUUACAGGGAGUCCAGCAGGAGCACAGAGGGAGGAACAGGCGGAUCACCGUCUUUGCAGGCCGAGCUGAGCUAUCUGUACUCUGUGGGCAGGAAUCAGCCCAACACUGGUGCCUUCAGCUUCAUCCCUGAGCCCUCACAGGACUACUCUGAGUGGGAGCUGGGGAACAUUCGCAUCACUGCCAUUUUUAAGCCAGAAGGAGCAAGGGAUGUGCAGUGUCUCUGGAGCGGGGGUCACGUGUUAGCCUGGCACCUGGAACAGACUUUCAGAGAUGACUCUGCAGCAUGGGCCAGAAACAAGUGUCUACAGUGGGACAUGCUGGAGAAGAAGCUGCCUAACUUCCUAGAUGAACUCAUCGAAUGUCCUUGCACCCUGGCUCAGGCCCGAGCAGACACCAGCAGGUUUCAUACUGACUAUAGCUGUGACAUUGAGAGGGGUAGUGUCUGCACUUACCACCCAGGGAGUGUCCACUGUGUCAGAGCAAUUCAGGCCAGUCCAACACAUGGCUCAGGGCAGCAAUGCUGCUAUGACAACACAGGAGCUCUAGUUCUGACAGGAGACUCGAUCGGUGGCAGCACCCCGGACAGAGCUCACGACUGGGGAUCGCCGCCGUACGGGGAGCCACCACGAGUGCCCGGGUACUCCCACUGGCUUUAUGAUGUUGUAACUUUCAAUUACUGCUGCCUGUGGUCAGACAACUGUCAGAUUUACUUCAACCAUCGACCUUCUAGCGGAUGUCAAAACUACAAGCCGCCAAGAGCUGGUGUCGUCCUGGGGGAUCCACAUUUCAUAACGUUCGAUGGCCUCAGCUACACUUUCAAUGGCAAAGGAGAGUAUAACCUCGUGACAUCACCACACAAAGAACUGAGUGUUCAAGUCAGAACAGAACGGGUGAAACUCAAGAAUGGUACCUUGGCAAAAGCCACAGGGCUAUCAUCAGUGGCUGUGAAGGAGAAAGCCUCUGAUAUCAUCGAAGUGCGUCUUGCAGAGGGCCAGCUUCAGGUGCUUAGGAACCAAAAAGUCCUUCUGUUCACCGAGCAAAGAUCGAUGGCCCUGCACGGAGUGUUUGUGUUCGCCCCCUGCCCACAGAAUGUGACGAUAACCUUCCGGUCUGGUGCUGGUGUGGAGGUCUGUGUGCAUGAAGGAACCAUGGCAGCGUCUGUCCUGCUUCCAACAGAGUUUAGCAACCAAACGCAGGGUCUCCUCGGUCUGAUGAACUCUGACCAAUCAGAUGACCUGUUAACUCAGGCUGGACAGGUCCUCUCUCCAGCACAUGCCACGGCAGAGGAAAUCUUUACCUUUGGAGCUGGCUGGAACAUCUCAAAGAAUUCCUCUCUUUUCACUUAUGACACAAAGUAUCUUUUGGAUAACUACUAUUCCCCACCCAGCCAUGAUCCUGCUUUUGUUCCUGCCUUUUGUCUUCCUGAGAGCCCUGAUGACCCGCUGGUGGCAGACAUGUUGAAGAUGUGCUCUGGAGAAGGAGCAGAGUUUUGUAAAUAUGAUACCCUGACUUCCCAGAGCCUCACAAUGGGAAACGCCACACUCAGGGCCUACCAGAAUUACCAGGUCCUAAUGGAAGCCCUGCAGCCAGUGUUGUCUUGUGGCUGGCUUCCUACACCCAGGAAUGGGAAGAAAAAUGGGACCCAUUACCUAGAGGGAAACACUCUGAGCUUCACCUGCAGAGAAGGCCAUAUACUGUAUGGGUCAUCAGAGCGUACCUGUCUGCAUGAUGGGGUCUGGACUGGAGAGCAACCUUACUGUAUAACAGAUGAUAAGGUGGGGUUCAUCCUUGGAGCUGUUGGUUCCCUCUCAGCAUUUGUCACAGUGGGAGUAAUGAUCCGACUGCACAGCAGAAGGCAGGAAAGAGAGAAAAAAGGGUAACUGGACCGGAAGGUAACCUGAGAGCAAUCUUGUAAAACAAUCAAAGUCCUCUUUGAUUAUGGAUUAUAUUAUCUUAUCAACUUUGAUAUUGAUAAGUUGAUAUACAAUUAUAUAACUCUCUCAUCUAAACCUACAACUGUAUAGACUUAAAAAAAAAAAAACUUGUUAAGAGCUGAGAAUUUGGAAACUACAAACAGUCAUGUUGCUUUCCAUGCUGAUGGUCAUCUUUUGACCUCUUGACCCGAUCAGGAAAACCUCAGACACUAACUAAGCUUUCAGCAUGUUAUUUGGCCGCAUGUUAUCUUACUCUCUUGUUUAGUUUGGAAAACUUCCAGGCUGUGGUAAAUGGCGCAUGAGUUGGGGAUUGAGGGUAUUGAAGUAGAAGCAGAAAUGCCAGGAUUGUUUUUGUAUUCCCGUUUUGCAUGACUGAACAUUCUGUCUCCGCUAGGGAGAGAAUUGUAUAAAUAAUACUACAAGGAGAUAUCAUCAUUACAAUCAACACUCCAUCCUCCGGUUCAGUUUGAAAUGAGACCAGAUGUGUUCAUGUUGAACGUGAAGUGAACCUGAUCAUUUUUUUGGUUCAAAGACUUCAAACUUAUAUGCAGCCUUUGUGUGGGCUCACAGCCUUCACUCAAACGAAGGGUUUUUGCUGAGAGACUGAGGGAGAGAAAAACACAAAUGUCACAUAAAGGUCAACUCUUAUCGCACAAUAUCAACACUUGCCUUCUUUGCACUGCUACAUAUCUGUACUCAAAGACAGAGGAAUUGAUGAUGAAUAUGAAUGUUUAAAUUCCACAUCAAUAAACGAUCAGAAAUCAA